GCAGCGCGGCGCCCGGAGACGGAGGGCGGGCGCUACGCACCGGGCCGCGGGCGGGAGCGCGCACGCCGCUCCUCGCCACCCCCGCUGCUCCCGGAGCUGUCUCGGCCUCAGCCAGAUACCUGCAGAUGGUGUCCUGUGUCAUUGGUGCCCAGCGCCCACCAGGCUGAUCCAUGGUCACUUCCCGGGAUGGCAGCAACGUGACUUCAGCUGAGGAUGACCCUGACUGAACGGCUGCGGGAGAAGAUUUCUCAGGCCUUCUACAGCCACGGGCUGCUCUGUGCCUCCUAUCCUGUCCCCAUUGUCCUCUUCACGGGCCUCUGCAUCUUAGCCUGCUGCUACCCCUUGCUGAAGCUGCCCCUGCCGGGCACGGGCCCUGUGGAGUUUGCUACCCCUGUGAAGGACUACGCCCCGCCCCCCGCCGACCCUGACCACCAGCCAGGGGAGCCCAGCGAGCGGCCUGAGUGGUACGUGGGUGCUCCAGUGGCUUACAUCCAGCAGAUUUUCGUGAAGACUUCGGUAUCACCCUGGCACAAGAACCUCCUGGCAGUAGAUGUGUUUCGCUCCCCUCUGUCCCGGGCAUUCCAGCUGGUGGAGGAGAUCCGGAACCAUGUGCUGCGAGACAGCUCUGGGACCAGGAGCCUGGAGGAGGUGUGUCUGCAGGUGACCGACCUGCUGCCGGGCCUUCGGAAACUCCGGAACCUGCUCCCUGAGCAUGGCUGCCUGCUGCUGUCGCCGGGAAACUUCUGGCAGAAUGACCGGGAACGCUUCCAUGCCGACCCUGACAUCAUCGGGACCAUCCACCAGCAUGAGCCCAAGACGCUGCAGACUUCCGCCACGCUCAAGGACUUGCUGUUCGGUGUUCCUGGGAAGUACAGUGGGGUGAGCCUCUACAAGAAGAGGAGGACGGUGUCCUACACGAUCACCCUGGUCUUCCAGCACUACCAUGCCAAGUUCCUGGGCAGCCUGCGUGCCCGCCUCAUGCUCCUACACCCCAGCCCCAACUGCAGCCUUCGGGCAGAGAGCCUGGUCCACGUGCACUUCAAGGAAGAGAUUGGCAUCGCUGAGCUCAUCCCCCUGGUCACCACCUACAUCAUCCUGUUCGCCUACAUCUACUUCUCGACGCGCAAGAUCGACAUGGUCAAGUCCAAGUGGGGGCUGGCCCUGGCUGCCGUGGUCACAGUGCUCAGCUCGCUGCUCAUGUCCGUGGGGCUCUGCACGCUUUUCGGCCUGACGCCCACACUCAAUGGCGGUGAGAUCUUCCCAUACCUCGUGGUGGUGAUUGGCUUUGAGAACGUGCUUGUGCUCACCAAGUCAGUGGUGUCAACCCCGGUGGACCUGGAGGUGAAGCUGCGGAUCGCCCAAGGCCUGAGCAGCGAGAGCUGGUCCAUCAUGAAGAACAUGGCCACCGAGCUGGGCAUCAUCCUCAUUGGCUACUUCACCCUCGUGCCUGCCAUCCAGGAGUUCUGUCUCUUUGCAGUCGUGGGCCUGGUGUCUGACUUCUUCCUCCAGAUGCUGUUCUUCACCACCGUCCUGUCUAUUGACAUUCGCCGCAUGGAGCUAGCCGACCUGAACAAGCGGCUGCCUGCCGAGGCCUGCCUGCCCCCCAUCAAGCCUGUGGGGCGGCCAGCGCGCUACGAGAGGCAGCUGGCUGCGCGGCCGUCCAUGCCUCACACCAUCACGCUGCAGCCGUCCUCCUUCCGAAACCUGCGGCUCCCCAAGCGGCUGCGUGUUGUCUACUUCCUGGCUCGCACCCGCCUGGCCCAGCGCCUCAUCAUGGCAGGCACUGUUGUCUGGAUCGGCAUCCUGGUGUACACAGACCCAGCAGGGCUGCGCACCUACCUGGCUGCCCAGGUGACAGAGCAGAGCCCGCUGGGCGAGGGCCCCCUGGCCUCCAUGCCUGUGCCCAGCAGCGUGCUGCCUGCCAGCCACCCGGACCCCGCCUUCUCCAUCUUUCCUCCGGAUGCUCCGCGGCUUGCCGAGAACCGCACGCGGCCCAGGGAGCAGCCUGAGCCUGUGGGCCCGGCAGAAAGUGUCCAGGACGCCCCCGUGCCAGAGGUGACCUGGGGGCCUGAGGAUGAGGAGCUCUGGCGGGAGCUGUCCUUCCGCCACUGGCCCACGCUCUUCAGUUACUACAAUGUCACGCUGGCUAAGAGGUACAUCAGCCUGCUGCCCGUCAUCCCCGUGACGUUGCGCCUGAACCCUAGGGAGGCUCUGGAGGGCCGGCACCCACAGGACGGCCGCAGUUCCUGGUCCCCUCGUGCACCCCCUGGGCUCUGGGAGACCGCGGGGCCGGGUGGGGCGCAGGUGCCUGGCGAUGUCACAUUGUACAAGGUGGCGGCCCUCGGGCUUGCAGCCGGCAUCGCACUUGUGCUGUUGCUGCUCUGCCUCUACCGCGUGCUGUGCCCACGUGACUACGGGCAGCCCGGGGGUAGUGGCCGGCGGCGCCGCGGGGAGCUGCCCUGCGACGAUUACGGGUACACGCCACCCGAGACGGAGAUUGUGCCGCUGGUGCUGCGCGGCCACCUCAUGGACAUCGAGUGUCUGGCCAGCGACGGGAUGCUGCUUGUGAGCAGCUGCCUGGCGGGCCACGUGCGCGUGUGGGACGCUCAGACCGGAGACUGCCUCACGCGCAUCCCACGGCCGGGGCAGCGCCCGGAAAGCGAAGGAGGUGGAGGCGCAGAGGCUCCAGGGCGCUGGGCACAGCCGCCUGGUGGCGGCGCGAAGACGGGUGCCCAGGAGCCUGGGGAUAGCCCUCCGCGCCGCCGCAGGCCCCGGGGUCCCCCGCCCGCGCUCUUUGGGGACCAGCCUGAUCUCAGCGGCCUCAUCGACACCGACUUCGCAGCGCAACCGAAGCCCGCUCAGCCGGAGCCCCGGCACCGAGCAGGUUGCAGCCGCGCCGCGGGCUAUGACUUUGGCCGCCUAGUGCAACGCGCCUGCCGCAGCGAGGGCCCUGCCCGUCGCCCGCCCUCGCCUGUGCCUGUGCCGCCCGCCGAGGACCCCGCAUGGGACAAGGACAGCCCCCCUCCAGCCUGGGCCCCAAGCGCCGAUGGCUCCAUUUGGAGCCUGGAGCUGCAGGGUGGCCUCUUCGUGGUUGGGCGGAGCAGCGGUCGUCUGGAGGUGUGGGAUGCCAUGGAGGGCGAGCUGUGCUGUAGCAGUGAGGUGUCUUCCUCCGGCAUCACAGCCCUCGUCUUCCUGGACAGGAGGGUCGUGGCCGCUCGGCUCAAUGGUUGUUUGGAUUUCUUUUCCCUGGAGACUCACACAGUCUUCAGCCCACUGCAGUUCCGAGGGACCCCAGGGCGGGGCAGCUCUCUGUCCUCCCUGCAGAGUGGCAGCGACAUGGUGGCCUGCCGCCUGACCCACACUGUGCCCUGCGCACACCAGAAACCCAUCACAGCGCUGAAGGCUGCUGCUGGGCGCCUGGUGACUGGGAGCCAGGACCACACCCUGAGGGUGUUCCGUCUGGAGGAUUCGUGCUGCCUCUUCACACUGCAGGGCCACUCGGGGGCCAUCACGAGUGUCUAUGUUGACCAGACCAUGGUGCUGGCCAGUGGAGGACAGGAUGGGGCCAUCUGCUUGUGGGACAUGCUGACAGGCAGCCGGGUCAGCCACAUGUUUGCUCACCGUGGUGAUGUUACGUCCCUCACCUGUACUGCUUCAUGUGUCAUCAGCAGUGGCCUGGAUGACCUCAUCAGCAUCUGGGACCGCAGCACAGGGAUCAAACUGUAUUCCAUUCAGCAGGACCUUGGCUGUGGUGCAAGCUUGGGUGUCAUCUCUGACAACCUGUUAGUGACUGGUGGCCAGGGCUGUGUCUCCUUUUGGGACCUGAACUAUGGGGACCUGUUGCAGACUGUGUAUCUGGGAAAGAACAGUGAGGCCCAGCCAGCCCGCCAGAUCCUGGUGCUGGACAAUGCAGCCAUCGUGUGCAACUUCGGCAGCGAGCUCAGCCUGGUGUACGUGCCCUCCGUGCUGGAGAAGCUCGACUGAGGGCGAGAGACACUGCAGGGCAAGCACACCGGCCCUAGAACAGCAAGGGCAGGAGCAGAACCUCCCUGGCAGCUGCCUGAGUUGUCCUGCUCCCAGACUGAUAUUAAACUUUUUUAAAAAGGA